UUGUAGGACUGGCUUAGCAGCGGAGGCGGAGGAACAUUCAUCAGAGUCCCAGACAGGGACAGACAGGGUCCAGCAGCGUCCCCCUGUCCGAACCACCUAGCAACGUCAAAAACGAGCGAAGGGACCUUUUCCAAAGUGCACCGUUCAAAGUGUGGAAGAAGCGCGUUUACCGGGGAGUUGGCGUCUCGCGGCGGCGCGCGGAGGAGAGCAUCGCUCCAAACUUCCCCGACUCCAUGAGCUCCGUCAAGGGUUAUUCUCCCUGAAACCGGCGUUUCUUCUCCAGCAGAAGCUCCUGCUAUCAGACGUGGGGGGGUUGGUUCGCCUAAAAAGCAUCUAACUUAGAAAAGGUUCAGGUUUUUAGACAUUCCCCGAGAAACUAGGAGGACGGACGGAGCGAGAAGUGGAUGUAUCUCCAGCCAUGGAUGUAACAGUUUACCCGCCUCCUCAUCAGCCGCUGGCCGCGUCGGACCACACCAGGUUGGGACAACUCUCCUACCCGGACUCGUCCUACGGGACCAGCAAGCUGGACGGAGACACCAUGUUCCUGGGUAUGCCGGAGCAAGUCCUUGACUAUGCCUCGACCAAUCAGUUUCGUGUGCCACAGCCCCCUCACCCUCUGGGCAAGGUGACGCCCCCCAACCAGCCCUCCCAUCACUGGAGGAGGGACACACACAUGGCCGACUCACACCGCCUGCCCUGGUCCUACUCAAUGGGCGGUUUGGGCGACGAGGACUUCAACAUCCCGCCCAUCACUCCCCCCACCCUGCCGGACCACAUGCUGCCCCCCCACCUACCACACGAUUCCCGCUCCGGACCGUACCACCCUCUGGACGGCCCCUCCAGCUCCGCUCAGCCCCACCCCUACCAGCUGCAGGGCCUGGAUCUGCCCGACGGGGCCACCAUGCUGAACCCAGCUGGGCGCACCUUCAGUCCGGAUGGGGGUCCGAUGACCAGCACCCUGUCGGUGAUGCAGCAGAUGGUGAACUCUGACUCCCGCUUCACCAGCAGCCAGCAGCCAAUCGAGGCGGCUCUCGGACCAAGGAGCCAAUCGGGCUUAAGCCAGAAAAGCCAGUUGUCCACCAUCAACCAGUCCCAGCUGGGGCUGAGUGGGAACUCUGUCCCCCAUAACUCUCCCUCCCCCCCUGGAAGUAAGUCGGCCACGCCGUCUCCCUCCAGUUCAGCCCACGAGGACGACAAUGAGGAGGGACUCAGGCUGGUCAGUGGAGAGAAGAGGCCAGCGGCAGUGGACAUCGCCAAGAAGCCCAAAACACCAAAGAAGAAGAAGCGAAAGGACCCCAAUGAGCCGGUGAAGCCGGUGUCCGCCUACGCCUUGUUCUUCAGGGACACACAAGCCAACAUCAAGGCCCAGAACCCCAACGCCACCUUUGGGGAGGUGUCAAAGAUCGUGGCGUCCAUGUGGGACGGGCUGGGAGAGGUGGAGAAACAGCUGUACAAGAAGAGGACAGAGACGGCCAAGAAGGAGUAUCAACAACUGGCUGCCUACAGAGCCAGUCUGGUGUCACAGAGCUACAACGAUCCCUCUGAAAUGAAGCCCCCCCACCCUUCCUCCACCCCUCCCUCCUCCUCAAUGUUUACCUCUAAAUCCUCGGUGUACCCCGGUCACUCCGGUUCAAUGGCCCACCCGCACUCCCUCCCUCCCCACCCCCAUCAGCACCCGAGCAUGUACAUGCCGUACCCUCACCCGUCGCACCCUUCCCACGCCUCCAGCCCCGGCCUCAGCCCGCACCUGCCCCCACCUCACUCCCAGAUCCACCCCCAGCUCCAGGCUCUGUCCUCAAGGGGCACCGUGCCGCGGCCCAGCGUCCCCCACCAGGGAGUUCUGUCCCUGGGUGGCAUGGCGGCAGCGUCCCCUCCUCCUCUCCAGGUCAGCCCUCCUCUCCACAGCCAGGCACACCUGGGGGGGCUGCACAGUCCACACCACCAGCACCACCAGCACCAGCACCACCAGCACCACCAGCAGCUGAGUGGACACUCGCUUGGAAUGGCGCACUCGCCUGGCAUCCCACAGGGCUACCAUCCAUCCCUCCAGUCUGACUACCAGCAAAUAGGGGGAGGAAUGCUUAACGGCGGAGGGAUGAUGUCAUCAUCAGUGGACUACCAUCAGCUUGGUCGACACGCGCCCAACCACCACCCCUCUCUGGACUGGAGCAACGAUUACCAUGGCAACGGCGGCCUGCAGAGGGACAAACCUCUCUAUCUGAGCUAAUCUCAGGACAAGAUGACGGCAAAUCUUCCACGCCGAGGAACACACGACAAGCCUGACCCGCCACGGAGGACUCACCCACCGACACGCGAGCUACACCCGAGUUCAGCGCUCCAACCAGAAGCCUGAGCAGCAGAAGGGGACUUUUCUGCUGCAAAAAGUUUCCGGUCCCUGCAUGUCCCACGGCCGGUCGUACCGGGUUUCUGGCUCUAUUUUUUUCUACCGAUUGUCUGGACCGAUUGCUAUGCUUUGAAUUGAAGUUGUGUAUCCCAGCGCGGAGAGGCGGUGUGCUGUGAACCACGACCAUAGGUGUACAUACUCCUCACAAAGGGACGUUCUGUCUAAUAUCCUGUCCUCCCUAAACAAAUGAAACCCCUUAUCUAGUUCUUCAUUUGGUAAAGACGCCGUUUACUGUCAGCUCCAAAAAGCUCUGAGGAGCCAAGUGUAAAUUACUGUAACAUAAAGGUUUGAGCUGUCGAUUUAAAGCCAAUUGACUCAUUAUUUUCUUUUUCUUUUGAUCUGAUGUCUCCUUCUGCGACCAAAGGGAACACAGCACGCAAACAAUAAGUAACCAAAUCCUCCACAAACUGUUCUUCACUUCCUGUAAUAGACUGUGAGAUGAUGCCGGAUGGACUCAAGUCCCACACGCACUGAACUCGCAGCGCUUUAAUUGUGUGCGAUUUAAGAGCUUUCAUUGUUCUCGCAGCGACGCUACAAAUUCAUUGUAUUUUAGUCCUUGAGACAACGAAAUGUCAAACAAUUCUUUGUUGGGGGGAGAAAAGAAACGAAAAUAGUCCUUUGGCCGCUGACAGCUCCUCCUCCCGGCAUAUGUCCGUUGGUGAUAUUGAUUCGGAUCCAAACUGCGUGCGAGUGUGUGAGUGAAGUGUUAAUGAGAAGGUUGGUUGGGGCGCACGGUCUCUAUGUCAUCUCUAUUUCUCUGUGCACAGAGGCUAUUUAAUAAGAAACUAUAACUGUUGCUGGGUUGGCUGUGUUUUAUUGUUGUUUUUAUAAUCAAAUACAAGUUUUGUUUUAGUGUUAAUGAUGAUGAGGGACGCAUUUCUCUCUCUGCUCUGUAUCUCUUUGUAUUAAUGUGUUUUUUUUGGCAGAUGAAAGGACUCUGGGCAACAACAACCAUGAAGAUUUUCUUAUUUUUAGAUUCUAAUAAUGUGUUUGAGAAUAAAGUCAGCGCUGCAUUGAUGUGCAGUCAUUACUCCAAA